GGGGUGGGGUUUGGGCUGUGUUAUGUUGUGCAUGCGCCCUCGCGUGCGGGAGGCCCUGGGGUGGGUGAUCCGCCGAGGAUGACCCCUCGGGCGUGGCGCAGGAUGCAGCAGGGGGCCGACUAGAGGGGCCUGGCUGGGGCAUCCAUCUGGGAGCAGUAGCACGCGAGGUGGGAGCAGAUUAGAGGGGAGGGGGGAUAGAUCCGCGUCUGGAGUGCUGGGUAGCAGAAGCGGCGGCGGUGAGGUAGUUCGGAGGAGCGGCGGGUAAUUUUUUUGGGGGCGUUGGGAAAGGGGUUGCGGUUGUAGGUGGCCUGCGAAGGGUGGUGGAACAGGUUAGGAUGAGUGUUUGAGCGAGAGGGCGACGGGGAGGAGGGAGGGAGGGAGGGAGGGGGGGGAGUAGCCCUGCGAGUGAGUCCGCAUGCAUGGCGUCGAUAGCCGUGUUGAAUCAUGAGCGGCACGCGAACCCUUACUCCGUAGGGGCGGACGAUAUGAUGAAGAAGGGGCCGAAGAUGGCGAAGGUGGGCGCGGACGUGUCGAACGAGCCCCGGGCUUUGAAACGGAAGUCGAUGAGUUUGAACCAGGAGUAUGUGCAGGGGCCGGCGGGCGUGAUGACGGUGGACGUGGCGAAGCUGAGCCGCGAGCAGAGGAGCGAGUUGCGGAAGAAGCUGAAGCGGGGGCUGGAGGAGGUUCGGACGGUGGGGUGCAAGAUCGAGGCGUGGCUGGAGGUUCUUGCGAAGGGGAGGCAGCGGGCGGGGGGGUUGGGAUCGGAGAGCAAGCAGCAUUCGCAGGGGAGCGAGGCUAAAUCGGGUCGGGGGGCGGAGACGUGGCAGGGGAGGAAGGAGGUGGCGUCGGUGGUGUCGGAUCCGGCGUCGUCGUCGGGCGAGACGCCCCGAGACAUGCCGAAGGAGAUGUCGCAGAGGGAGGCUCGGCUGGCGCGUCAGGCGAGCGUGGCGGUACCGGAGGCUUCGGGCGGGACGCCGAGCGAGAAGAUGAAGCGGACGCCGAAAGCGAACGCGCUGUACGUGAACUCGGAGUUCGUGUCGGGGAAGGACAAGAUGCCGGCUCCGGAGAAGGCGAAGGCGAAGAGGGGGGUGGGGGAGAAGGGGACCCUUGAUGGGAGGGACCCUCGGCGGCAGAAGGUGGAGGCGGCGCGGGGCAAGAGGAUGGGCGAGAUGUUGAAGCAGUGCAUGACGCUGCUGCGGAAGCUGAUGACGCACAAGCACGGGUGGGUGUUCAACGAGCCGGUGGACGCGGAGAAGCUGGGGCUGCACGACUACCACUCGAUCAUAAAGAAGCCGAUGGAUCUGGGGACGAUCAAGAAGAAGCUGCACCUGAAGCAGUAUGCGUCGCCGUUGGAGUUCGGGGAGGACAUUCGGUUAACGUUUUCGAAUGCGAUGACGUACAACCCGGUGGGGCACGACGUGUACGUGAUGGCGGAGCUGCUGAAGAACAUGUUCGAGGAGUGGUGGAAGAACAUGGGGAGGAAGGUGGAGGAGGAGAGGAGGCGAUGCGGGAAGGAGGAGGAGAUGCUGGCGAACGACGAGGACUCGGUGGAGGAGAGCGGGGAGGUGCGGAGGGGGGAGAGGGAUGUGGUGUCGUUGACGCGGGGGAAGGCGAGCUCGCGGAUGGGUUCGCAGCCGAAGCCGCGGCCGGAGGAGGUGGGGAAGAGAGCGAUGACGUUCGAGGAGAAGAGGAAACUGAGCGUGAACUUGGAGAGGCUUCCGGGGGACAAGCUGGAGCGGAUUGUACAGAUCAUAAAGAAGAGGAAUCCGGAUUUGGGGCAGAACGAGGACGAGAUCGAGGUGGACAUAGACUCGUUCGACAACGACACGCUGUGGGAGCUGGAUCGGUUCGUGACGAACUACAUGAAGAGCAGGGGGAAGAGGGCGAAGUCGAAGGCACAGGCGCAAUACGGGGACGUUGAGAUGGCGGAAGCAGGCGAUGGGGAGGGGCGCAGAGGUGGAACUGGCGGGGAAGAGGGUGAGAGGGAUGUAGAUAUCGGCGACGACGUGGGCGCGACGAAAUUCGCGCCGGUAGUGAUCGACAACGGGAGAGAAUCGAGCAGCUCGGGGAGUGACAGCAGCGACUCGGGGAGCUCGGACAGUGAUUCGGAUUCCGGGAGCUCGUCGGGGAGUGAAUCGGAUGCCGAGGAUGGGCAGACUGGUGGUGGUGGUGGUGGUGGUGGUGGGGGUGGAGGUGGAGGCAAAGCAUCACAUGACAAGUUUCUCGUGGGGAUGCUCGGCGAGGUGAUGAAAUUUGGUUGGCUUAGUCGUGGUUCCUUGCUUGAGCGCGAAGAGGCUCGUAGAGAGCUGCAGCAGAUGGAGAGGACAGUGGAGAUAGACGAGAACAGCGGAAUACUGAAGGAUUUGGAAAGGCUGCGGUCGGUACCGUUGGAGGCGAUGUUGGGAGGAGGGCACGAUGCGGGGAACGGGGAUGAGGGGUCGGCGGAUGGUUCAUCGACGAUCGCGUUGCAGGGCGGGAGCAAUCCGCUGGAGCAGUUGGGGCUGUACAUGAGGAACGACGACGACGAGGAGGAGGCGCACGAGGAGGAGGAGGGGGAGAUGGACGGGGAGUCGGCGCAGGCGGUGAAGACGGACGAAGAGGACGAGGUGGUGGACGUGGAGGACGGCGAGAUCGACGUGGAAUAGGCGGGGGGGGGGAUGGGAGGGGAGGGGAUGGAGGCGUGAGGCACGGGGUAAUAGGGUCUUGGUUGCGGGUUCUGUCGUAGCAAUGAAACAGGUAUACGGAAGAGCUGGGAGAGCUCGGUACCUGGCGGAGGUACGGAGAGCUGCCAGGCAUUGUACAAUGGAUAUGUAUGAAGAGAGACCCCAGGACGGUAGGAGUCCGUCCCGCCCAGCCCAGCCGAGGUGAGGGUGUGGAUAGGGUAGGAAACGGUGGGGCUUUUGUGAUGUAAAGGGUGGGAAAGGGGGGAAAUUGAAGAAGAGGAUGUGAAACGAGGAGAUUGGAAUAGGAAUGGAGGGGAAUGUACAUGAAGACGGCGUGGAUGCGUGUGGUGUGGUGUGGUGUGGUGUGGUGGAAUGGCUUGUGGGUGGAGAGAUAGGGUGUGAAUGGUAGUGCGUUUGGAUUUGAUAUCGGUGAGCGAGUUGAUCGUAUUCCGAUAGAGCAGGAUGUGGGCCUGGUUUGGGGAGAGAUUGGGUGUAUUGUGAUGAUGUUUGUGGUGUGGGGAUGAGGUAGUGUGCGUGUGUUACCACCGGUCGCUUUGACGGAGGACGGAAGAACAAGGGUAUGUAUGGAAUGUGGUGUGCGGGUUAUGUGGGAUGGAAUUGUAACUGGAAUGGUGCGUUAGGGGACGUAGAGAAUGUAGAACGUAACUUAUGAAUAACACAUUAUGAACUUUUUUAAUGGGUUUA